ACAGAAUGGUGCGGCAUACAUUAUUUGAACUGCAACGUCAGAGAGAGACAGAUAGAGAGAGAGAUUUAGAGAGAGAUAGAGAAGUGUACAUAUCCGUUUAUAUCAAUCGUUGUUUAUUAAUGUUGAAGCAUGCUAUCAUCAUCAUUAUCAUACGCUCAAACCUUGACCUAUGAAUAGGCGUGCCUAGGCUACUAAACUGCUUCAUUUAUCUAAAGACAAACGGGCGGAAAUUGAUACAGCCUUUAAAAAAAAUGCCUCAGCUAAAUAAAUACUGGAAUGCACAAGGAGGGACCGUUCUUUCUUUCAGCUGCGCCAAAGUAGCACAUGUUGGACUAUAAUAAUUUAUAGAUAGCAUGACAGUAAACAAGCAACUGCUAGAGGGAGCUAACACGGAAAACGAUUUGAUACAAGAAGAAAACAUGCAUCGAUACCUCCUUUCCUAAUGCUAGUGGAUGCGUCUAGGUAAAUAAGCUAGGCUACACCAGGAACAAUGUGCAGUGGCGGCGGUCAUCACAACAACGCAUGGAUCGCGACCUCAUCCUGCCAGCUUCUGUGUUGCGGUGCUCUGGAAUUGCCUAAUAACAAUCUCAUUUCUGACAUAGGCUACAGCUUUCACAACGCACCACGCCUCCUCAUCAUUGAACGCACCUCGAUUAACCAUCUUCGCCAGUGCACAGUGUGCCUUUCAAAGGGGAGCGAAAGAGAGACUGAUCCGCAUCUCCUCAUGUCGCGGAGAAAGGAACAUUGGAUAGACGAGGCAAGGAUGGGUGGUUUGACACUGAUUCUGCAUCCAUGAGCGCCUUCACUUCCAACAGAGUGUUGUUUUUUGGACCAGGUAUCACUGGAUAGUUCUGGUGAGAGAGAAAGAAACUGCUGUUAAGAAGUUUGGAUGCAAAUGGCCACAACCACCAUGAUCUUUAUGAUUUUGGGGGCUUCACUUGUGAUGGCAGUAGCGUGUCUAACGGACAUGAACGCUCUACUAGACCGCUUUCACAACUACAUCUUACCACAUUUACGAGGGGAGGACCGCGUCUGCCAUUGCAACUGUGGAAGGCACCAUGUCCACUAUGUGAUCCCGUAUGAUGGGGACCAGUCUCUGGUAGACUCGGCAGAGAACUACUUUGUGAGUGAUAGCGUGACCAAGCAGGAGCUGGACCUGAUGCUGGGGCUGCUGCUGGGCUUCCUCCUCAGCUGGUUACUGCUGUGGCUGGACGGGGCGCUGCACGCUGCCCUCAGGGCCUGGAGGGCCAAACAGCACCAUGAUGUGUUCUCCUGGUCAUGGGUUCCACGCUUCUGUAACCUGAGAGACCUGGGGAGACGGGUGCACCUGAGGAAGCUGGAGGACUCCAGUGGGAACAUGGUGCACAUUAAGCAGAAGCUGUACCACAAUGGACACCCCAGCCCUCGUAACCUCUGAGAGCCAUUGCACAUUGGACACCCCAGCCCACGCCACCUCUGCGAGCCAUGGCACAACGGCCACCCCAUUCCACAUCACCUCUGAGAGCAAUGGACUGGCUGAGACAGACUGAGACCUGCUGUCAACUGACCAACCAGACUUCAGCCACAUGGGCAACUAAACAAUGACUAUUCAAGAAAUACCAUUCAAACCAUACUGUUUCUUAUUGACACUGGAUAGAGCACUUUCUCAAGUGACCCCAUGGUCUUUACCCACAGUGCACUCCUCACCCUCCAUCUUUUAUGUAAAAAGAUUGUAGUUAAUGAGAAUCCAUUUAGGAGGGCGUAAGCAAUUUUCCAGAGUGUGUUUGUUUUUCAAAAUAGUUAUAUAUAUUUAGUUUUAGAAUGUCAAUUUUGCUAGAAGUGGGGAUAGGGUGUAUUCAUUAUUUUGCUUGGGUUUUGUCAGUUUAUAGAAAAAUGUGUUUAUUUUUGCCUGAAGAUGUCAGUUUUGAAAUUAGAAUAUUUAUUUUGCUCGAGGUUGUUUAUUUUUGACAGGGGUUUGUGUAUUGGAAGAGGUACACUAUAUAUACAAAUGUAUGUGGACACCACUUCAAAUUAGUGGAUUCGGCUAUUUCAGCCACACCCAUUGCUGAUAGGUGUAUAAAAUCGAACACACAAUCUCCAUAGACAAAUAUUGGCAGUAGAAUGGCCUUACUGAAGAGCUCAGUUACUUUCAACGUGGCACCGUCAUAAGAUGCCACCUUUCCAACAAAUCAGUUUGUAAAAUGUCGAACACCUUUGGGAUUAAUUGGAACGCCGACUGUGAGCAUGGCCUAAUCGCCCAACAUCAGUGCCCGAACACACUAAUGCUCUUGUGGCUGAGUGGAAGCAAGUCCCCACACUAAUGUUCCAACAUCUAGUGGAAAGCCUUCCCAGAAGAGUGGAGGCAGUAAUAGUAGCAAAGGAGGACCAACUCCAUAUUAAUACCCAUGAUUUUGGAAUGAGAUGUUCGACAAGCAGGUGUCCAUAUACUUUUGGUCAUGUAUUGUACUUUGUGUCUAUUUUAGAAACUUUUCAUGUAAAAACUGUACUGAAAGGGGGCCUAGGGGACGGAAUGGAAUUAUAAAUAAUUAGGGGUGGCUAAGAGGACGGAAAUGCUGCCUGCUUGUCUAACUGUGUGGUGUGUACAGUAUAUGCAAUGUGUUAAUAUUGAAGAACCAUGAGUAAAGGUGUGUGUGUGUGUGUGUGUGUGUGUGUGUGUGUGUGUGUGUGUGUGUGUGUGUGUGUGUGUGUGUGUGUGUGUGUGUGUGUGUGUGUGUGUGUGUGUGUGUGUGUGUGUGUGUGUGUGUGUGUGUGUGUGUGUGUGUGUGUUUUACGGGUUACAGAAUUUCUUUGAUAUUUUGUCCAGAGGGUUAUCACCAUGGAAACCUGGAGACGAAAUUCCAAGACUGAGAGUUUCACUCAGGAGCUCUAUAUAGUUGACAAAACACUUUACACUGAACAGCCAGUUGUAGAGCGCCUCCAUCAUGGUAGCUUAGAAGGCACUUCCUGUGGUAUAUGUAAGCAAUAAGGCCCGAGGGGGUGUGGUAUAUGGCCAAUAUACCAUGGCUAAGGGCUGUUCAUACGCACGACGCAAUGCGGAGUGCCUGGACACAGCCCUUAGCCGUUGUAUAUUGACCAUAUACCUCAAACCCCUGAGGUACCUUACUACUAUUAUAAACUGGUUACCAACGUAAUUAGGGGAGUAAAAAUACAUGUUUUGUCAUACCUGUGGUAUACGGUCUGAUAUACCACGGCUGUCAGCCAAUGAGCAUUCAGGGCUCGAACCACCCACUUUAUAAUUAUUAACUAAUAUCUAAAGUAGGUGCAACAUGCCCAUGUCAUGGCAUUGGAGAGUGAUGCUGUGUGAGAACUUGGUCACAAUUACUGUGACACAUUGGGAUUCCGAAUGAAUUCCUUCAUUUGGGAGCGGAAUGUAGACUCAUUCAAUUUUGACCCCCUUUCUCUUCCCUGCACCUCCCCCAUCUUCCCUUACCCCGUGCCUCUCUUCCCCAUCUCUGUCCAAACAUUGGUGUUGUAAAGAUUAAAUGUUGGUUUCAUUAAAAGGGACAACUGGGGUUUAACACUGA